AUGCCUCGCCCUGCCCCGAAACGAAGCCGUACUGCUGGCAAACCCGCCAAAACUGCCAAAAAUGCAGGUUCUGCGCAAAAUGAACCUGUCACCAAAUCGCCUGAGCGUGGCUCAGUCGUGGACACAAGACAAACUCUACGCGAACAAACACCCUUAGCCAAGAGCUACGAAAAUGCAAUCGAUUCAUCGCCAACAGGAGAACGAACAGGUACCGGCAGUCGACCUGGAACCGGCAGUCGCCCCCCUACCAGAUCUCGCGGUUAUUCCUCUACACUUUCAUUCGCUGGGCGCAAAGGCGAUAAUUCCCGAAUCCCUGGAACCCCUGGCUUUGAUAACUCGGUUUUGAGCAACUUCAGACGGCGCCCGCGACAGCAAAGUAUCCUGCAGAUGAUGCAAGCCGAUGACGAUGGCUCCUCCGAACUGGACGACGACGAUUUCCUGGGUGGACUCAGUCCUAAUGAUGAAUCGACCCCCUUGAACCUCUCCAGGGGAAAAUCACUUCUUCUCAAGCCAAGCGAGAGGUCACCUUCGCCGGUGAGAUCGCCGGUUGGAUCACCACUUCCAUCUGGCGGGUCGCGCAAACGCAGGCGCGUGACUCAGGAGAUUCAAGUGCCACAGUCGUCUGUGGAGAUGGUGGAAGAUACCCCUACUUCAACACCGGUUCAGGUGGUGAAACACACUCCAGAUGCGACACCAGCUGAGCGCGACGGCUCUCCUGAGGAUCAGGAACCCGAAGAUAUGGCUGAACCGGAGGAGACGAAUAAUGAUGCCGAUGAAUCUGAAAGCGAUAUCGAAGAACAAGAAUCCGAGAAAACAUUUGAAGGGAAUGAACCUGAGGAAGAAGAGGUUGAAGAUGCAGAUGUCGAAGCUACGCCACGUUCUCAUCGAUUCCCAGAGACAAUGAGUCAAACUAUGCUACCACCGGCCAGCAGUCCCGCCUGCUCGACACAACCCGAUAACUCUACGCCGCACCCCGUUCAAAGGAACAAUUCCAAGGUCCCAGCCCAUCUGUCAACAGCAAAAUUGCAAGACAAGCUUCUGCCACGUCGCCGGAGGAGACGCCUGGCCGGCAAUGAUCUCAGGGAUGAAAGCGAUGAUCAACAUGACGCCGCGUCUGGAGACGAAGAUGAAUUGAACUAUCCAUCACAGUCUAAGAAGCCAUCUACGCGGCGGGCGGGAACAAACAAACCUAAGCCAUUGGCCAAUGCCCGCAAUCCAAAACAAAAACAGACCAAGACCAAGACCAAGACACCUGCGACCUAUUCACGUUCGCGCGCGAGUGCAGGUGCCAAUGACAAAGAAAAUGAAAUUGCCCUGUCUUCACCAUCUUCAUCUCCGUUGUCAUCACCACCCGAGUCCGACGUGUCUGAUACUGAAUCUGUCGAGACCGAGACUACUCGUUGUGUGAGUGAUGAGUUGCGCGCAGCACUCAAGAAAUUUGCCGAGGUGGAUCAAUGGAAGAUGGAGUUUGAGGAUGUAUCUGCUUCGGAGAUCUGA